CGGGCUGGAGGGAAGGUGUUGCGGGCCGGACCCUCCGCCGCUCCAGCCGUCGCCAUGCAGCUCCGCUUCUCCGUCCCCAACGAGGCGCUCUCGCUGCCGCCGCCGCCGCUGCUCACCUUCCCCUCCGUGUGGAUGGCGGGCAUCUUCUGGAUCAGCACCUUGCUGCACAACGGCGUCAACCGCAGGCCCGCCCUGCGCGCGGGUGUCCACCGUCAAGUCCUGAUGGCCACUCUGGGGUUUUGUUUGGGCUACUACAUCAAGAGAUACUCCAAUUACUACUACGCUGAGAGGGACAGGGAGCUUUUCAGUUACAUAAAGCACCAUCCCGAGGACUUUGUGGAGAAAGAGCCUAGAAAAAUGGGAGACAUCCUGGAAGACUUCGUCCCAACUCGCUGAAGGCUGCCGGCAGAUCCCGCCGUCUUCCUGGGUGUUUUCUCUCCUCCCUACUCUUGCGUGUGGAUGCCCUCCGGGUCAAAUCGCCUGUUGAUAAACGUGGAUUGUAUCCUUUCUAAUAAAAGCUAUAUAAAGGUC